GCGAGUUAUAUUAAACUGAGUUGGCAGUCUUGUACUAUAUUUUUGUUGACUAAAGAGUGUAAAAACAUAUUCUGAAUAAGUAAAAACAUGGACGACAUGAUGCGGUCGAUGGACUGUCUAAAGAUGGCAGCGACGUUUCACAACGCGGCUCUGGCGUCCACAAUGUGCACGGGCAGGACUUUGGGCGAGGAUCGGGAACCUAUAUGGGUGGAGGGGAGUAGUAAGACACCUGAGCCACCAUUACCGGAAGAAAGUCCAGCACCAGAGCCCAAGAACGAAACUCCCCUGCUGCCCGAAAUCGAUUUUGAGCCUAAUAUAUCCUGCUUUCCCGACCUACAGGAUAUCAACGCCAGCAUUGUUAGGCGGGAGCUGGCGGAGGAGGGCAAGAGGUGUGUCCGCCAGCAGCUAAAGGCGAUAAAGGACAAACAGGACGCCCUGCGCAUGUCGCGAGAGACGCAGCAAAGGAAGGAGGAACGCCAGAGCGACCAGUUGCAACAAAAGGCGCUGCGGGAACGCAAUGAAAGUCUCCUUAUCCAGAAAGCUGACCAGAUGACUGCAGCACAACUAGAGGCCCAGCAGCGUGAGCAAUCGGCACAGCGCCAACAGAUUGACCAGAAGCUGCACAAAUUGGCCCUGGAAGGCGUGUCCCGCUGCCAAAGGAGAUUCAACCAGAAGUACGAGGGCAUCGCCAAAAUUCUGCUUUCUCUGGAUCAAGAGACGGUCAAGGUGUGCGCCGCGCAAAACGCACAGCUCAAAGAGUUGGGACAGAAAUUUGAACAGCUCGUGAGCUCCGUUAAGAUGGGCAAUUGCGAGAUUCAAAGCCAAUUUCUCUGCUCCAUCAUCAAGGCGGAAGAGUGCUGCAAGAGCCUGGAUGCUCUGGAGAUGGACAUCAUUAAGCAGCUGGCCGAGUUCUCCGAACAGAUCCAGCAGCAGCUCAAAAUGGAGGCCGCCAAGAAGCUGGAAGAAGAGCGGCAAAAGCAGCAGCAGCAGCAGGAGGAGCAGCGACAAAAGCUGGAGGAGCAACAAAAGCUGGAGGAGCAGGAAAAGCUAAGGAAGGAAAAGGAAGAAUCGGAGGCUAAGGAAAAACAACAAGAGGCCGAGACUGCCAAGGCCGAAGCAGCCAAUGUUCACGUUCCGCUGGAGCCAAAAUCCCAAGAUGUGCCACCGGCGCCCACAGCGUCAUCUACUUGUGUUCACCCUGACCGUCUGAAGUUCUACAACGAUAUCCUAGCACUGUAUCAGUCCAAAGUGGAUGCCAUAAAGCCGCUGCAAACGGAGGAAUCGCUUAAGCAGUAUCGCACCGGUUGCCAGAGGGCAAUAAACCUGCCGCUCAACGCCAUUUCAGCAGUUAGUCCGCAGCAUCUAGCCCAGAACUUUGACAAGCUGUACAGCUUCUUUGCCGGCCAGCCUACCAAGGUGAUGAAUGGAGGCACCAUAACUAUAAACGACCAUCCGCUGGCCCGAGACUAUUGCAUGCUACUCAUGGCCAAGAAGUUUGUCAGUCAAACGGAGACUGCCAUAUGCAGCAAUCCCCAGGCCGCCUUUCCCUUUGCCUCCGUGAUAAUAACUUUUUGGAAGCUGUUGCCGGAUUUCGGCAAGGUUUUUCUCGCCUACAUGUACAAAGAGUCGCCCUUUCUGGUGCCCUACGUUAUACCCCAGCAGCAGGGACAGACUCCGGAGCAGUAUCUGAAGACCAUCGGCUAUCGGCUGACGGACAAAAACGAGCUGGAGAAACCGGACAUCUACCUUAAGCGCCAAACGGGAAUCGCUCGACUCUACGCAGCUGUGAUCAUUAGUCAAGGGCGAAAGGCAGCUGGACCGGAUGAAUGCUUCGAGCUGAAUGAGGGAUGGCUCUGGCUAGCGCACAUGGUGCAUGUGAAACCAUUGCCCGAUAUUAGUGCUACCAUGAUCAUGGAGAUUCUCCAGACCCUCGGCUUCGAGUUGUGGCGCACCUACGGCAAGCAGUUCGUCAAGCUACUGCUCUACAUUCAGAAUAUCUACAUGCCUCAGCUGGCAGCCUACGACGAGGGCGGUCCGAAGACACGGCUAGAAAUGCUUCUGGCCAAGUUCCUGCGUGAGCGGCAGAUUGCACAGGCCGUUGGAGUUUUGCCUCCAGGAUUUUGGUAGGCAUGCGAUGUUAGUUAGUUAGUUAGUGUUUUUAAUAGAGUAAUGUGAUUAUUGUAUUAAGGGGACAUGUAUUCAUUCAGUAAAUAGAGAAAACUUGCUUGUUAA